CUCACCAUCAUGUGCUACGACCGCUACGUGUCCAUCUGCAAACCCCUGCACUACGGGACCCUCCUGGGCAGCAGAGCUUGUGCCCACAUGGCAGCAGCUGCCUGGGCCAGUGGCUUUCUCAAUGCUCUGCUGUAUACAGCCAAUACAUUUUCCCUGCCCCUGUGCCAUGGCAAUGUCCUGGACCAGUUCUUCUGUGAAAUCCCACACAUCCUCAAGCUCUCCUGCUCACAAUCCUACCUCAGGGAACUUGGGAUUAUUGUGGUUGGUGCCUGUGUAGUUUCUGGCUGUUUUGUGUUCAUUGUUUUGUCCUAUGUGCAGAUCUUCAGGGCUGUGCUGAGGAUCCCCUCUGAGCAGGGACGGCACAAAGCCUUUUCCACCUGCCUCCCUCACCUGGCUGUGCUCUCCCUGUUUCUCAGCACCUCAUUUUUUGCCUACCUGAAGCCCCCCUCCAUCUCUUCCCCAUCCCUGGAUCUGGCAGUGUCAGUUCUGUACUCGGUGGUGCCCCCAGUCCUGAACCCCCUCAUCUACAGCCUGAGGAAUCAGGAGCUCAAGGCUGCCCUGAGGAAAAUGAUGACUGGAUGA